UUUGCAAAAGUAAAAUUUAGUUUGCACAGGUGGUGAAAUCUUCAUGGGCACAGUAAUGAAGAUGAGAUUUAAAAGCUGGUUUUUCUUCCUAGUUAUGAUGUAUUCAGGCAAACUCCUUGCAGAAGAUAAACCUUGUGAUUUGCCACAUAUAGAAAAUGGAAGGAUUGCGCAGUACUACUAUAAUUUCAAAAGUCACUAUUUCCCUAUGCGUAAAGGAAAAAGGCUUUCCUAUUCCUGUAUGGUUGGUUAUACAACUGAAACUGGGACUCAAGAUGGAAGAAUAACUUGUACUGCAAAAGGCUGGUCUCCAGUGCCACGCUGCUACAGAAAAUGUAACAAGCCUCUUCUGGAGAAUGGCGCUUUUUAUGGUACAGAAAAGUAUUUCAAAGUGCAUGAGAAACUGCAAUACAAAUGUAAUCCAGGCUACCACUCUCCAAGCGGUGGAACUGAAGAUACAGUGCAAUGUCAGUCAGGAAGAUGGAGCUCACAGCCAAGCUGUACUAAAAAAUUUGAGUCAUGCCAAGUACCAAGUUUACAUCAUGGCAAUUACUUCACAGCCCAGCAAGAGCUUCAGCUGAAUGAAACACUGCUAUACAAAUGUGACGAGGGAUAUCGUACUGCAGGAGGAAACACUACAGAAGAAGCAGUGUGCCUAUCGCAUGGCUGGUCCCUUCCUCCAAACUGCAGUAGAAUAACUUGUUCCUCUUUGAGUGCAAUAGCACAUGGAGGUUUCUAUCCCGUCAAGAAAAUCUAUGAAGAGGGAGAUGUAGUCCAUUUUUAUUGUGAGGAAAAUUAUUCUGCCAGUGAAUUUGACCUAAUUCAAUGUUAUUAUUUCGGAUGGCAUCCAGACCCUCCGGUGUGUGAAGAUAUAAAAAACAAAUGUCCUCCACCACCACUUCCUCCUCAUGCCCAUAUCGUCACAGAUAGAACAACAUAUCAUAAUGGAGACAAAGUUCAUAUACAUUGCCAAAGUACCUUUGAAAUAAGAGGAUCUGAGGAAAUCAAGUGUGAAGAAGGAAAAUGGACAUCACCCCCUAUCUGUAUUGGAACGGUUACAGGAACUGCUGAUAAAUCGGAAUCUGAGGCAUUACCAUCACUUGAGGCAGAUGCAGCAACAAGGGCAAGCAAAACAUAUCACAAUGAAGAUAUGAAAACGCAGCAAGACUGUACCUCUCCACCUGUGAUUAAAAAUGGUGUUGUUCUUGGUCCAUUAUUGACAAGUUACAAAAAUGGUUCCUCAGUAGAAUAUGGUUGUCAGCGUUAUCAUUUUUUGGAUGGACCUAGUACUGUUUACUGCCAACAAGGAAACUGGACAGAACCACCAACUUGCUUCGAACCAUGUAUUCUUAAUGUAACUGAUAUGAACAGCAACAACAUACAGCUGAAAUGGAGACAAGAAGAAUUAAUUUUUCUUCAUGGCGAUCUCAUAGAGUUUGAGUGUAAACAGGGAUACAGUUUUCUCCAGACUACCCUUCUGUCUCCUGGGAGGACACACUGCAGCCACGGCAGGCUGAAAUAUCCAAAAUGCAUUAUGCAAGCUCCUACAGAAAAAUGUGACUCUCCACCUUCUGUUGCAAAUGGAGCUCUUACUCUCCCACCCCUAACUCAAUAUGACAAUGGUUCUUCUGUUCAGUAUAGUUGCUCUGAGUACCAUUUUUUGCAAGGAUCUGAGAAAAUCUACUGUUCUGAAGGACAAUGGACUUCACCACCAGUGUGUAUAGAGCCAUGUAUUUUGUCAAAAAGCGAAAUGGAGAAAAAUAAUGUGCUGCUGCAAGGGUUCUAUGAGAAUCAAGUUUACUUUUACCAUGGGGAUUAUGUUGGUUUUUACUGUAAACAGAACCAUUUUGGAGCAGAAUCUGGUACAACGUUAUUUCAAGUGCAGUGUAAGAGAGGACAGCUGAUGUAUCCAAGGUGUGUUGAAAGAGAAACUUCUGCAGGAGCAGCCUGUAAAGACCCACCAAUUGCUGACUUUGGAGAAAUUGUUAGUGGGAAUAAAUCAGCAUAUAAGGAAGGUGACCGUGUGCAAUAUGUGUGCAACCCUGGAUACACUUUAUCAGGAUCAGAAUGGGUAACAUGCUUUAAAAAAAUCUGGGUACCUGGGCCACCAAAAUGUUUGGCACCGUGUACCGUUACAAGACAGCAACUGGAAGCCCAAAACCUGCUUCUCUCCAAUGGACAAAGACGAGCAUUUUUGAUUCAAAGUGGUCAGUGGGAGAUAUUUGCAUGUGUGACAGGAUUUAAACUCGCAUCCUCUCCUAUCAAACAGUGUUUUGAUGGGCAUAUUGAGCUUCCCUCAUGUAUUUCUGAUGUUACGUGUGGAGCUGCACCUGAAAUUCCCCAUGCGUACAUCACAAGCACUCAACAGGAGAGGUAUCUGCCCGGUGCCAGAGUGCACUUUGAAUGCGAAAGCAAUUUUCAGAUGGUGGGUGGAAAUUAUAUCACGUGUACAAAUGGAGAAUGGUCACAAGCACCAACUUGCAAAGAUGUGACGUGUAAACCUCCUCCUGAAAUCGCUGGCGGGAAAGUUCAAGGUGUUAAGAAGUCGAGGUACUUGCCUGGGGAGAACGCUCGCUACCAGUGCUGGCGAGGUUUUGAGAUGACCGGGGCUCCCACCGUAGUGUGUCAGAACGGGACCUGGACAGAGCUGCCAACGUGCACAGGGGAAGGUGGGAAAUGUGGCUCGCCUCCGGUUAUUGAAAAUGGAGACCUUCUGUCCUUCCCCAUGCAAGAAUACCCGGAAGGUGCAACUUUGGAAUACAAAUGCCCAGACUUCUACGUCCUGGAAGGAUCUCCAUCUAUCACCUGCACUGAUGGGCAGUGGACAAGCCCCCCAGUUUGCUUAGGUAGGCUGAAGCAUGUGCUGUGUGGCCAGAGGCUGUGGGACUGCACCUGUUGGAGCCCGAGGGCAGAACCUGUGCGGCAGCGCGUGUGCUGGGGCUGCAAUGAAGUAGGGCAGAGCAGCAACGAGUCCUCCCUUUGCCCACAAGGAGCUGGUCCCUAACUUUAGGUCUUGCAGUGCCCUCUGCUGCCUGCCAGGCGAGCGGGUUCAAGAGGAGGGGAGUUUGGCUGAGCCCUCCUGUGUGAGGGGAUCUCCACCUGUGUGCUGGGCCCCUGAGUGCACCCGAGCUGGGGAAGCUGCUACGGCCAACUGGCAGUGAGCACGGAGGGUGGGUCUGAGUGCAAGGCACUGCUGGGGAAACGCAGGGUCAUGUCCAUGGCACAACCACAGGGAAACGAACGUAGGGAAGUUGCGGGCAGAAGGGAAGGACUGAUGGAGGAAAAGAC